AUGGCGGCCUCAAGUACACGCACUCUGCUCAUGUUCGGGCCUGGGGCCAUGUCCCUGAACGAGACCUACUUCGCCAGCAUCUUGUCCUUUAUCAGCACGGACUCCGCGAGCCAAUGGGCGCUGAGCGCCGUCAGAGACAUCGAGAGUCAUUGGCCAUCCCUGUGUGAAGCAAUUCCCAAGUUGCAGCACACUUCAGGCGUCAGCAACGCGCAGAAGCUUGCAGAGUGGCUGCGGACAGGCACUCUCGCUCCUGGAUCGACCAUUGCCAGUCUCCCGAAUGCGAUUCUCGGCCCCCUAGUCGUCAUCGCACAACUUGUCGAGUAUCUCCGGCACGUCGACUCUCUAUCGGAAUCUGGACUCCGGGGCGGCGAGGGCUUUCAGGUGCCCUCUGCUCCCGAUGCAGAAACCGUCGGAUGCUGUCUCGGAACAUUCAGCGCCCUGGUGGUGUCGUCCAGCUCUUCCUGGGCUCAGUUUUGCCACAAUGCCUCGGCGGUAGUUCGCAUUGUGUUUGUACUGGGUGCCUUGUCUGACGCACAGGAUGCAACUGAUGCCUCGGGGCCUUCAGUUUCACUGAUAGCCUUUUGGAGAGGUGGUCAGUCGCUGUCGGAUCUGAAGAAGGCCUUGGAAAAGUUCCCCGAGGCAUACAUUUCCGUCUUGUAUGACGAGAAUAGGGUCACUGUAACGACAUCGACUCGCACCGUGGCUGCUCUGAAAAAUCACCUCCAGACGGUUGGCAUCACAACCAACGAAACCGAGUUCCAUGGACGAUUUCACGCCGCUCAGCUCUACCAAACCGAGCUGGAAGCCUUUCUUGCUUACUGCAGACGAUUUCCUACCUUUCAACUUCCGGACUCAUCCUGCAUUGUCGUACCCACGAGAGUCAACUCGGAAAAUGUUGUCACCAGCCAAGAGUCCCUCCUUGAGAUCUCCUGCCGCGCAUUCCUCGUAUCGCAAUUUGACUGGAUCAAGACCUUUCGUGCCGCUGUUUCGAGCACCUUGCAAAACAGGGCAUCUCGCAUCAUCGAGUUCGGGCCGGAGCGAUGUGUCCCGCCGACGCUUCUUCGACGACUCAACAGCCAGGUCACCCAUUUCGACUUCGAGGAGAGCAUCAAACGCGCCAAGGCAAGUCUGAGCCAUGAUCAAGAGCUUCCGGCAGGAGUAGCCGAGAACGACAUUGCUGUCAUUGGUAUGGCGUGCAAGGUAGCUGGAGCAGACGAUGUAAACGAAUACUGGGAGCUUCUAUUGCAGGGCAAGUCACAGCAUAGGGAGCUGAUUCCCAACGAUCGCUUCGUCAUGGAGACGCCUUUCAGGCCUUUCGAGGCUGGCGAUGACAAGAAGAAAUGGUUUGGAAACUUCAUCGGCGACCACGAUGCCUUUGAUUACAAGUUCUUCAAGAAGUCUCCCCGCGAGGCUCUUCACAUGGACCCCCAGCAGCGGCUCAUGCUGCAGGCAGCGUAUCAGGCCGUGGCACAGUCUGGAUACUACAAUGCCAACCUGAACGUCCAUGGCCCUACCAAAGUUGGCUGCUAUAUCGGUGUGGUCGCAAACGAUUACGAGAACAACAUCUCUCACACCACGCCCAUUGCAUUUUCGGCCACCGGCGCUCUGCGAAGCUACAUUGCCGGAAAGGUCAGCCACUUCUUUGGCUGGACAGGCCCUGCGAUGACGGUCGACACAGCCUGCUCGGCAUCUACCGUCGCCCUUGAUCUGGCUUGCAAGGCCAUCCUGAGCGGCGAGUGCUCGGCAGCUCUUGUCGGCGGCACCAACUUCUUCAGCACGCCCAUGUUCUUCCAGAAUCUCGCUGCUGGUUCGUUCCUCAGCACAACCGGGCAGUGCAAGCCAUUUGAUGCAAAGGCUGAUGGCUACUGCCGAGGUGAGGCUGUUGGUACCGUCUUCCUCAAGAAGUUGAGUCAAGCCAUCGCCGACGGCGACCAGGUCCUCGGUGUUAUCUCGGCCACUGCAAUCAACCAGAACCGAAACGAGACACCCAUCUUCGUGCCCAACUCACCAUCGCUCACGAAUGUGUUCCGGACUGCCAUCGAGAAGUCUGGCUUAGACGCAAAGGACAUUUCCGUCGUUGAAGCCCACGGAACGGGAACCCCUGUGGGAGAUCCGGUCGAGUAUGACAGCAUCCGUCAAGUGUUUGGAGGCGCCGUGCGAGCUGGACAGGAUGCUUUGCAAGUCGGAUCGGUCAAGGGGCUGGUUGGCCAUACCGAGGGUGCCUCUGGGGUCGUCGCUCUGGUCAAGAUUCUUCUGAUGCUUCAGCGAGGCCAAAUCCCGCCGCAAGCCAGCUUCGAGACCAUCAACCCUUCCAUCAAAUAUUCACCGUCGGACAACCUGGAGAUCACAAAGACGCCGCUUCCAUGGAACCAGGAGUUCAAGGCAGCUCUUAUCAACAACUAUGGGGCGGCCGGAUCAAAUGCGUCUGUUAUCAUCAAGCAAGGGCCAGCACAGUUACUUCGACGUCUGCCGCCUGUGGUCGAUAGUGAAACUGAGGCGUUGCUCUCCAAGGUCGGUGCUGAUGACGCUCAAAAAGCCCCGUUCUUCAUCUCGGGGCUUGACGAGAAAGCCAUCCUUGCUUAUGCGCAGAAACUCCGUCAAUUUAUUUACUCUCACAGCAAUCUCGAUAUCCAAGACCUGGCGUUUAGUGUUAAUCGGCAGUCCAACUGGUCUCUAGGCCGAGGUGCUGUUUUCAGCGCUGGUUCUAUUGCUGAGCUUGACGAGAAGCUGGCUUCCAUCGAGACUUUCCCAGUACCGUCGUCGCAGCCCCCCGUGAUCCUAUGCUUCGGUGGCCAAGUCUCGACUUUUGUUGGACUCGACUAUCAGCUCUUCGCGAAGUCGGCUAUUUUGCGUCGCCAUCUUGAUCAAUGCGAUGCGGCCUGCAAGUCAAUCGGCGCAGGGAGCAUCUACCCUCGCAUAUUCCAAAGCGAUCCCAUCGAUGAUCCCUCGGUUCUUCAGCCGCUUCUUUUCUCCCUGCAGUACUCGUGUGCUAUGAGCUGGAUUGACUGCGGCAUCGUGCCAGCAAAACUAGUUGGCCAUUCUUUUGGAGAACUCACAGCGCUCUGUAUCUCGGGCGUGGUGAGCCUACAGGACGGCCUGAAGCUGGUUUACGGCAGAUCCAAGAUCAUCAAGGAAUCGUGGGGCGCCGAAAGGGGGGCAAUGCUCGCCGUUGAAGCAGACUUGGAGGAGCUCGAGAGCCUCCUGACUACUGUCAACUCGUCUCUGCAAGAAGGCAGGGCGACCAUCGCUUGCUUCAACGGCCCGAGAAGCUUCACAGUCGCUGGUUCUUCAGCGGCAAUCGACGCAGUGCAACAGGCCAUCUCCAACACCCAGCCCGUCCUGAAGCACAAGCGACUUAAUGUGACCAACGCCUUUCACUCGGUGCUUGUUGAGCGACUCAAGCCGGAUCUGGAAGCCCUUGGUCGUCAACUCACGUUUGCGCUGCCUCAGAUUCCCCUUGAGCGGGCAACUCGAUCACGCGAAGACCAUGGACUGUCACCUUCUUACGUCGCAAACCAUAUGAGGGAGCCGGUCUACUUCCAUCAUGCUGUUGAAAGAAUUGCCAAAGAAUACCCGGAGGCGAUCUGGUUGGAAGCUGGCUCCAACUCUACGAUCACGACCAUGGCAAGCAAAGCACUUGGUCUUCCAAAAGCAUCAACCUUCCAGCCUGUCAAUGUGACGAACAACAGCAAGGCCUCGUCACAGCUCUCUGACGUGACGAUGAAUCUGUGGAAAGCCGGCCUGCGCAUCACUUUCUGGCCACACUCACGAGCACAAACCUAUGAGUACAAGCAUAUCAUUCUUCCCCCUUACCAGUUCGAGAAGCAUCGACAGUGGCUAGAGUUCAAGCCCCCUCAGGCACUACAGGUCGUGGUUCAGACUGAUUCAUCCACUGACGCACGUAAUGGGACUACUGAACCACAGCCGGUCGGCCUUUACACACUCCUGGACAGGGGCCAAGACAAGUACCGCUUCCGCGUCAAUACGGCAGCAGGCCAGUUUGUUGAUGCCAUGUCUGAUCAUGCCAUUGGAAAGGCGCAGACUUUGCCUGCCAUGUUUGGCGUGGACUUGGCAAUUGAAGCCCUUCUCAGCAUUCAUCCUGAACUGGGCGACACCAGCAGGUUUGACCCCCAGAUUUACAAUGUUGUCAACCAAGAGUAUAUACACGACAGCUCUAGGGCGCUUUUUGUGCUUUUCGAGCGCCUUGGUCAAGACGAAAACAGCUGGGCCUUUGAAUUAACCAGCAAGGGCAAAGACGGUGCAGAGUCCCUGCACAUGAGCGGACAACUACAUUUCCAGGCCUCCGACGAUGCUCGCUCCCGCCUCGAGUUUAGCAGGCUUGAUCGCUUCAUCACGCACGACCGGUGCUUGCAGGUUCUGGAAAGCAGUGGCCGCUCCGACGAAGUAAUCCAGGGGCAGACUAUCUACAGCGUGUUGUCCUCCAGCGACGUCAACUACGGUCAAAGGCUUCGCGGCCUGCAGAGACUUGUUGGACGGUCAAACGAGUCUGCGGGUAGACUGGUACGAAGACGGUCAGGCAAGUUAUUUGUCGACUUUGCCCUUGGAGAGGUUUUCACCCAGGUUGGAAGCAUCUGGGCGAACUGCAUGGCUCAACAUCAACGCAACACAAGGAACAAGGGCAUCUACAUGGCUACUGGACUUGAGCAGUGGUCCAAGUCACCAAAGGUGUUGCAAAAGUUCAACCAAGGCCUUUACGAUAACGACCCCGAGAUCGAGUGGCAUGUUCUUGCUCAGCAUAAGCGGAAUACAUCCGAUGACUCCUUCACAACGGAUAUCUUUGUCUUUGACGCGGCAUCUGGUGACUUGGAAGAGGUCAUCCUCGGUAUCAAAUAUGCUCCGGUGUCACUCGAUCAACUCUUCUCAGGCUCUGCAAUCGCGACAGCAACUACACCAGUAGCAAAUGGAUAUGUCCCCUUGACCACACCAUUCGUGCCGGUGCCGACAACGACAAAACAGGCGGCGGUUCCACAGCCCCAGCAUGUAGCCAAGAAAGCAGCUCCAAGGGCAGCCCCAAAGAGGGACAUUAAGGAGGAGCUCUGGCUCAGGCUGCGACCGGUUCUGGCAGACAUCUCUGGACUAGAGCCGGAGGAAAUCCAGCCGACAGACGCACUGGCCGACAUUGGGAUUGACUCCCUCAUGGGGAUGGAAAUGGCUCGCGAAGUCGAGACGACAUUCAACUGCACCGUGGAACAGUCCGAGCUGCUAAGUAUCGUGGAUGUGCCAGGUAUCCUUAAGUUCCUACAGUCUACGCUUGGUGACGAGGACGUUCACGACUCUUCUGAGACUAUGAGCACGGUCUCCUCGGAUGGAAAUGUUCACUCGCCACCCACCUCAGGCUCCGAAAUGGCAUCACCGAACCUGAAGGUGUCUUACGGCUCAGCAUAUGGCUCUUCCGACUUGCCUAUAUCCGCUGUUCUUGAAGCCUUCGGCGAGUCUAGCGCAAAGACGGAUCAAUUCCUCAAGACUUACGGCUGCGCUGGCUAUCUUGACGGCGUUUCCCAAAAGCAAACCAGACUGUGUCUGGUGCUGACAAGUGCGGCCUUCAAGCAGCUUGGGUGUGAUCUUGAGGCUGCCAAGCCCGGAGAAGUCCUGCAGCCUGUUCCUUUUGUUGAGCGCCAUCGCCGCUUCCACCAGUACCUGUACAGUAUGCUCGAGGAGACGCGGAUCAUCAACAUUGACGGCGAUGUCAUCACGCGAACUGCUAUUCCCCUGCCUUCUCAAUCCGCCGAUGCAAUUUUGCAGGAUCUCAUGAGGCGUCAUGCUGACAAUGGGUCUUCCCAUCAGCUCGCCUACAAUGUUGGCUCCAGAAUGGCCGACGUGCUGUCAGGCAAGGCAGAUGGCCCGCAGCUCAUCUUUGGCGAUGCAAAGAACCGCGAGCUGGUGGCAAACUUCUAUGGUGAACUGCCUUUCAAUAAGCUGUACUUUGAGCUCAUGGCGGAUUUCCUCACACGGCUGGCAAACAAGUUGAAGCUGUCCUCCUCGCGCAGUGGCACACCUACUCUCAAGAUCCUCGAAAUGGGAGCUGGAACCGGUGGCACGACGAAGGUGCUUUUGCCCAUUCUUGCAAAGCUGGGCAUCCCCCUGGAAUACACCUUUACUGAUCUCUCGCCUUCCCUGGUGGCGCAGGCCAAGAGACGGUUCAAGGAGUACCCCUUUAUGAAGUUUGCUGUCCAUGAUAUCGAACAGCCCCCCUCUGACCCCGAGCUUGUCGGCUCGCAGCACGUUGUCAUUGCAAGCAACGCAGUGCAUGCGACUCACUCGCUGAGGGACUCGGCCCGAAACAUUCACAAGUUCCUGCGACCAGAUGGCUUCCUCAUGCUCCUUGAGAUGAUGAGGACACUCCACUGGGUCGAUGUGGUCUGGGGCACGCUUGAGGGCUGGUGGCUGUUUGACGAUGGCCGAACACAUGCCAUUGUCAACGAGCAGCGAUGGGAGAAGGAGUUGCUUGCAUCAGGCUUCAAGCAUGUGCGCUGGACUGACGGCAAACUGCCCGAAGUACACGUGCAAAGGGUCAUCAUUGCUCUGGCCGGUGACGGUGACGGGGACGUGAGCGACAUCCCGGCUCUGACAAGCCCCGCGCUGAAGGAUGAAGAAGACCAUGGCUCCAAGCUUGACGGAGAAGAGCGAAAGCGGGUAGCCAACGCCUAUGUCGAGAGCACCAUUCGAGACUUUGCCAUCCCCAGCUACACGGGGCCUAUCUUGAGCACGGCACCAGGUGCAGGCGCAUGCGUGCUUGUCACGGGUGCGACAGGGAGUCUCGGAAGCCAUCUUGUAGCACACAUUGCUGGCUUGCCCUCGGUUGAUACUAUCUACUGCCUGAAUCGGCCCAGGCCGGGCAAGAAGGGCCAGGAAGAUCAGUCUCGCGACCCUUUGAGUCGGCUCACAGAAGUACUGGCAUCCAAAAGCAUUCAACUGAGCGAAGCGGAGAUCAGCAAGCUGAGAGUUAUCGAAACGGAUCUGCCACUGCCUCAAUUUGGUCUAGACGAGAUCCAGUACGAGCAGCUACUCAACAACGUGACGCAUAUUGUUCACAGUGCCUUUCCGGUGAACGGUCUGCGCUCGCUGAAGCAGAAUGAACCGCAAUUUACACUUAUGCGCAACCUCGUCGAUUUGGCUGCCGGCGUUUCGGCUCGCCGCCCGACUGAGUUCAAGUUUACCUUUCAGUUCAUCUCUUCUCUAUCAGCAGUGGGCAUGUAUCCAAAGGUCCAUGGAGAGAAGAGGGUACCUGAGCAGCAGUGGGAUGUCGACAGUGCUCUUCCCAACGGAUACGGUGAGGCAAAGGUCAUCUGCGAGCGCGUCCUUCUCGAGACACUUGGCCAGCAUCCCGAUCGCUUCCGUGCCAUGACGGUGCGACUGGGACAACUCUCGGGCUCAAUGAAAACUGGCUACUGGAACCACAUGGAGAUGCUGAGCUUCCUGUUCAAGUCUGCUCAGACGCUGCGUGCUCUCCCGGAUGUAGAUGGCGAUGUGUCUUGGCUGCAUCUGGAGGACGCCUCGGCUUCGUUGGCUGAUUUGCUCUUGCGCGACGCGCCGACAUGCCAUGCUGUCUAUCAUUUGGACAAUCCUCGACCCAGGGACUGGAAAGAUGUAAUUCCCGUGCUCGCUGAUGCGCUGGAUAUCCCGAGCAGCCACAUUGUGCCGUUUGAGGAGUGGCUACGACGGGUGCGAGCCUACCCUGGGGAGGACCCGUGGGAUAACCCCUCGGCCAAGGCAAUGGACUUUUUCGAACACAAGUUCAAGCACAUGUCUUGCGGCGGAGUGACAAUGGCGACGGAUCAUGCGCUGGAGCAUUCGGAGACUUUGAGGGCUGUACAGCCUGUGAGUGAUGAGCUGGUGCGCAAGUAUAUCCAGGCGUGGAAGGAUAGCGGCUUUUUGCGAUGAGUCUGUAUUGAAGGGUUAUGUCUACUAUAUUGUUCAAAUUGAAU